AUGCCUAAAAAACGCGAAGCCGUCUCCGAAGAAUCUUUCGAAAAACCAAAGGACAUUGAUCAAGAAGGCGAAGAACAGUACGAUGAGGAGAUAACUGAACAAGUUUUCUUACUGAUAUCAGAACUCGAG